CUCACACUUUCUCACCCCAUUGAAAAAACUAAACUCAUUCUUCCACUGUUUCUUUCCAUAGAUUUCACUUCACAGCUUCUUCUCCUUCAAAUUAGGGUUUCCAUUUUUACUGAACUUUACAAGAGAAUGAGUUCCUAUUUCUUUUUGACCGUCCAUGGAUAUAGAGCUUAACCAUCCAAGUCCAACUGACCAAGUAUUCCACUAUCUUGAGGUGUGGUAAAUUGCCAUAUGCAAUUAAUUGGGCCUGCAAUGGAUAAUGGUGGUGGGCAUCGUGAAAAUGGAAGACACAAAGCGGAUCAAUAUAAAAUGGCCCAGGGUCAGUGGUUGAUGCAAGCUCAGCCUUCCAUGAAACAGAUCAUGGCAAUCAUGGCUGAAAGAGAUGGGGCUAUUUAUGAAAGAAAUACGGCUAUUUCAGAAAAGAAAACGGCUAUUGCGGAGCGAGAUAUGGCAUUCCUACAGCGGGACUCGGCUAUUGCUGAACGAAAUAAUGCCAUAAUGGAGCGAGAUAAUGCCAUUGCAACUCUAUAUCGGGAGAGCUCGAUGGGAAAUGGUAGUAUGCCAUCCUCUAGUUCUCCCGGAUUCCAACUCUCACGUGGGGUGAAGCACAUGCACCACCCGCACCACCCACAACAGCAACCUCAUAAUGUGUCCCACUCCAGUGAAACUUCAUACGGCACUAGGGAAAUACAAACUAGUGACAUUCUCCCAAUGUCUCCGAUGGGUUCUGAAGCUACAAAACCUCGGAGGGUUAAAAGGACAAAAGAUGCCAAAGUGACAAAUCCAAACAAAAAGCCUUCAAAACCUACAAGGAAGGUCAAGAGGGAGAAUGAAGAUUUGAACAAAGUCAUGUUUGGCAAAUCACACGAGCAUGAUAUUGCUGAAGCAGGUGACGAUCUUAACAAACAGCUCGUAGUAUCCAAGUCUGAUUGGAAAGGUCAUGAUUUAGGAUUAAACCAGAUAGCAUACGAUGAGGCGACAAUGCCAGCGCCAGUAUGCUCUUGCACAGGGGUAUUUAGGCAGUGCUACAAAUGGGGAAGCGGCGGGUGGCAAUCUUCAUGUUGCACGACCUCUCUGUCUAUGUAUCCUCUACCGGCAGUGCCAAACAAGCGGCACGCACGCGUAGGUGGAAGAAAGAUGAGUGGAAGUGCUUACAGCAAAUUGCUAAGCCGGUUAGCCGCUGAAGGUUAUGAUCUAUCAAAUCCAAUUGAUCUCAAGGAACAUUGGGCGAAACAUGGUACUAAUCGCUACAUUACAAUCAAGUAGAAGAUAUUCCGAUUUGGGUGGAUAGAAAAUACAAAAAUAGCUUGUAGUAUUGAAGAUAUGUUGACCCAUCUCUAUUUUCCAUAUUUGAUGUGGAAAAAAAUAAUGACGUGAUGCUCAAUCAAAGAAGGUAGUAUAUCAUGUAGCUGAGGCCAAUCUGCAAAUUGCUCUCAUUCUCUUGGUUGAAUGAGGUAAAAUGGGAUGUAUUUAAAAGAAGUUUAUCGUUGUAACUCUAGUUAAAUUGUAAAGAGUUGGUGGUGUAAUAUUAAGCUGUGAUUUACAAUAGCAUAGGUCAUCCAGGCUUCUUGGGAGUUCUUGAAAUGUUGUAGUUCAUGCUUUAUACUAGUGCAAAUGGAUUAUUCCAUUCA